AUGUUCGGCACGAUGAGCAACCGCCCUCGAGUCAUCUGUCCCAUCGCAGGCUGUACCAAGACCUUUUCACGUCCAGCGGAUAGGGUUCGUCAUGUAGACGAAGUUCAUGGUGAUCUCAAUCAAUGUCCGGUCGAGGAUUACGGUUGGCAGAAAGCCAAGCGUAAGGGACGACUGGAAGCUCACAUGAGGAAAAAGCAUCCAGAGAUAUGUAGUGUUCCGCUUGAUAUGCCUGCGCAUACAUUAAGUGUCCAAAACGCAGACACAGCCGCUUUUGCUUCUUACGACAGCGGGCAGUCAAUGCAAGCGUCAGCUUCUUACACUCAAGCCCCCCUGGAAUAUUAUUGUCCACCUACAAUUCAACAAGAGACAUACUCAAAGUCGAACCAAAGGGAGGAUCAGACUUAUCCGCAGUCAUCUUAUCAGUGGCCCAUAGAUCAAAAUGUUGACACGGAGCACGACUCUGUUUAUCCUUCCAGACCUUCAACCCGUAAAUCGACAUCACAACAACCCGAGUCGAGUGCAUAUGAAUUAAGUCGCCUUGUGGCUCUUGCAAAUAGGCCUAGUCGUGCGAAGAAGCAAAUUGCCCGUUUAGAUGAAAUCAUGGAUAGCACAAGUACUCAGCUUUCCGAACCAGAUCCCGGACCGAGUAUGACCAUCGUCCCGGUUGAGCACUCAUUCUACGAUGAAGAGAUCAAAGGUGAAUCACACAAAGGAUCGAGCAUAGGCUUAAGCGACGAGGAACCGGACACAGGUAGCGUCUCCGACUUGCAUGAGAUCUUUGACGAGAGGAUUAAAUCUCUUUGGGAAAGCGAGCCUGAGCUAGCCCGUCGCAUUACCUAUCACGUAGUACCCAAGCUAUAUUUUCUCGGCCCUCUGUUCACUGGUGAUGCCUUUUCGAGCCUGAUAGAUGGAGAUGCCGCCAACGAGGACGGAGCAGACCAGGGUUCACAUCCACUAUCAUCCUCAUUGUUUCAGAACACCGGCAGUAGCUCACAUUCGACAGAGUCAAAUGACGGGAGCUCAAGCAAACGGAGUAGAGAGCAAGGAAAUGAUGGUGGCGGCGGUAAGAAGCCACGCCGUCAUGAUAAGUCUGCACCUUCUCGAGCAUCUAAAGACAAGUGUGUAGUGGCCAAGCUCAAAUGUGUUUUCUAUGCAAAGUGUUUCGUCACACAUUGUUUCAAAGACGGGCGGGUAUCCAAGACAUCAGGGUUUAGUGAGUGUCAUUACAUGCUAGACCAUAUAAAAGACUACCACACGACUGUGCGAUGCCAGCGAUGUCAUCAGCCUUUCGAGGGUGAUGGUGCCAUUUCAAGCAAAAACGAGCAUCAGAAGAUCUGCAAUGCUCAGGCGCGGACUAUUACUGACGAUGUCAUUGACUGCGAUACGAAGGCUAAGUUGAACGAGAAUUUGAACAGACUCGUGACGCGAGCAUGGUCAUUGGAGAAUGAAGACCAUGAAAUGAAAGAUUGGAUAUCUGUCUACAUCCAAGCUUUUACUGGUAUAACGAAGCCGACAGCUGAGCUGAACGAUACCGAGCUUAAAAGACUACGCAAAGGCCAGCGCGAGCUAGCCAAGUGUCUCUUCGGAUGCGUCGCUACGUCUCAAGCCGAAGCUGACUCUCCCCCUCCACCCGACUUUCAGGGACAAACGCAAUUCUUUCAGAGAUGUCUUGCUAUCACACUUGAUCUCUUAAGCAACCCAGCAUCAAAUACAGCAAGCUCUCCUGACUCAAACAUUGCACAGCAACUGGAAACUUUUCUAAAGCAGAACAUGAUGUCUGCUGUUACUUCGGGCUCUGACAACCAAGCAAUGAAUAAUUAUGGAUUGGCGACAGCAACGCUCUGUCAUGAAUCCCAUGGUCCUACAGACACGAGUGAAGUGAGCGCUGAGCAAGCUCAGGGCUUAACACCAGCAUCACAGCAGACAUUCCCCUUGACCCGGGAAGCGGCAGUGGAAGCGCCAACAAUGCCUCUUCCAGAUCUAGAGGGUACCCUACCAGAAGCUGUCCCAGAGAACACGGAGAUGUCGACGAAAACAUCAAGCUUACUCUCGAACGCAUCAGAGUGCCAAUUAUGCAACGGGUCUGGGUGGGUACUUUCGUGGAUGUCUUAUUCUCCUGAUCAAUGGGAUAUCUGCCCUUGUACAGUGUAUGUUGUUUGA